AUGAAGGUUGAAGAUCGGCAUGGGAAGAAAUACAUCUUGUCACCAACGCACAAAGAAGCUGUAGCAGAUCUGCUGGCAGAUGUUGGACCACUCUCCUACAAGCAAUUGCCUUUAUUAACUUCCUUCUGCCUCAGCAACAAAUACAGAGACGAACCUCGUCCGAAGCACGGCUUGCUUCGGUCUAGAGAAUUUUCUAUGCUCGACGCUUACGGUGCCCAUGCCUCGCCUGAAUGUGCGAAGGAAACAUACGAUAGGGUAACUAACUGUUCCAGACUUUGGAGCUGCCGAUUUACAGAGGUUAGGAGAUGGUCUCAUGUAAUUUGUAAUAGAGAACGCACUACACACAUGAACUAA